AGUCCAGCCAAGCUCCGUCAGAAGACAUAUAACUCUGAGGAAGCCACCUCCGAAUUGUGCAAUUUGCCUUGGGAAAUGCAAAAACAAGUGUUUCACUGAUUCGUGCAUGCAUCAAUUCUGUUUCAAGUGUUUACUUGAUUGUAGCAAGGUCAAACCAGAGUGUCCUUUGUGCAAGCAAACCUUUAAAUCCAAUAUACACAAUGUCAAAUCAUUUGACCAGUUCGAGGAGUAUCUGGUGCAACAGCCAGUGCCGGUACCACCAAAUCCGUAUUCGUUUGCUCCAUUCACAAUACCAGCACACCUUUAUCCAAGACUGCCAUCAUUAUAUAAUCGACCUGUUCACAUCUAUAUGGAUGAUUUGGCCAUGAAUACAUUGGAUUUAACAGGAACAUCAUCUUCGACAUCAAAUAAUGCCAAUGCUAAUGUGAUUCGUAGUAGUUCGACGUAUUAUCGAAGAAUACUGCCACCACCGUCUCAGUUGUUGGACAUGUAUAGUCAAGAAACUAUACAAGGCGAGACGGGCAGUGGUAGCUUGAGUCAACUAUGGAGAAGAUAUGUUUAUGAUAGAAAAUUGUUUGCACUGCCAGAGUGCUCUUAUUUAUAGAUUACAGACAAAUGGAGAACAUCUUCUUUCACAUCAUCUAACACCACAAACCAUAGAACACGCUUCAUCAAGAUUCAAAGGGGAUGACAAAGAACAAUCCGCCUUAAGUAGCAACAAAAGUAGAGAUCGAAAACUAUCGGAAUCAAAUCUAUCCGGGAGAAGGCUAAAACCAAAAAGUUCUCCCGAAUUGGAUUUGAAAAUACCAGAAGCAAAACUUCGAUCACGUACUUCAGUCCGUGAAAAAUCUGUUCAAGUCGAUCCAAUAGGAUCUUCCAAAGGCCAACAACAGCAAAAAAAUACUGAACUACCUUAUUGGCUAAAGCCAACAUUAGUUCAAGCUUAUCCUUAUAACCUUAUUAUGGCAGUUCGCAAGAAACUAACUAGAAGCUAUUGCAAAUCCUCCAGCUGUUGCGUCAUCUUCCUCCUCUUCAAUGGAACAACAAGUGUCGAAGAAAACUUCCACAGAAACUCCAGUUUCUUAUCCAAAACUCCAGCGAAAUAACAAUGUUAAAAGGCGAAUAAUUGAUGCAAAAGAUAAAUCUCUAUUUAAAUCAGUUGAAAAAUCAUCUUCGAAUAAGGAAAAUAUCAACGAACCCAGAUUAUCAAGAAGAGUCUCAGAAGUUACAUACAAUUUCAGUUCGAUAUCAAUACAACUUCCUGAGUCGAAUAAUACAUUAAGCAUUCCCAAACCGAAGCCACCACAGCAACAUCAAUUUCAUGACGAUGAUGACACAACGGUCUCUAGUUCUAUAUUCUCAAGUCCGGAGAAGAAAAAGAAGAAUUUCAAUGAAAGAUCAAAUAAUUUUCAAUCAGAAGCACUAAGUCCGCUGUAUAUGGACAAUAUUACGAAUUUACAUAUUAAUUUCAAGUCAAUGAUGAGUAAUAUCACUCUUAGAAGAGGGGAUCAUUUUGAAAAUUCCAGUACUACCUCUUCGCAUCGAAGAGGGGAAACUGGUUCGAUUACAAAUAGAUCAGAUGGAAGUGUUAAUUUUCGUCAACUCUUGGAUGACUUUCAUCGAAGUCUUUCGCAAGUAAUCGAAGUUAAUCAGCAGUUGAAGACAACCUUGGUUAAGUCACAAAUUUUCAGUCCUGAAAAGAAGACUAAUUCAGUUUUGAAAACUAAUCGUGUUGAAUUGGCUGAAUAUGUGUCAGAUUUUGAAGAAUCAUACAACGCCGAAGGCAAACUUGGAUCUAAAAAAUCAUUUAAAACACAAACUGAUAGUAGUAUCCAUGAAGUUCGACGAGAAUCUUCAAAACAAUCAAGAAAAUCUUCUUCGGUUUCUUCGUCAAACGAAGAAGAAAUUCCAGAAGGAGCAUCACAAAGUUCACAAAAUUCAAUUAAAAAUAUCCAAUCAUCAUCUCGAACACUCAAUCAAUCACCUAUUUCUCUGGGAACACAAACAUUAACUGUGUCUUCAGAAGAAACUGGAGUGCAAACACCAACAAGAACUCAAACAAUUCAUGAUAGCCCAGUCGGGAUGUACAAAAAAUUAAGCUGAAAUGGAAAUAAUUAGAUCGUGCAAUUUUUUUUCAUAGGAUGAUAGAGGGGAUCACUGGGAGCUUAAAACCAGUUUUUCGGGAAAAUCGACCUUGUGCUUAAGCCUCCAUCUUGGAUUAAAGGUAAAACACGUUUUAGUGAAUAACUCGGCCAUUUUUGAUUUUUGACAAAAAUUAUAUAUGUAAAACUUGUAGAAAAUUUUAUUUUCUAUAACUUUUGUCUUAAUAAAUUUUUCUAUAUGACCUAUAUUUUUCGAGUUAAUUUGAAAAAACUAUACCCCUACUCAGCUUAAACUUUAUACCCGCUUUGAUUAUAGAUUUUAAGAUCAACGCAAUAUGGGAGUGUUUUUAUAUGUUUUUGGGGAUGAUAAAUCUAGCUGCAAUGUUAGUUUUUGCAAAUUCAUGAAAUUUUAUAAACAAAAGGAACUAUCUCAAAAUCGGAAAGUGUCGUUUUAAACAAGAUUAGUAAAUAUUAUAAUUGAUGUCUUGCAAGACAAGCAAGUUUUUGAAUUUUUCAAUUCGGUUCAUUAAUGCCUGAGAUAUGACCAAUUGUUUAUAAUAAAAGCUUAAAAGAGGGAGUGAGUUAUAAACAAUUGGUCAUAUCUCAGGCAUUAAUGAACCGAAUUGAAAAAUUCAAAAACUUGCUUGUCUUGCUAGACAUCAAUUAUAAUAUUCACUAAUCUUGUUUAAAACGACACUUUCCGAUUUUGAGAUAGUUCCUUUUGUUUAUAAAAUUUCAUGAAUUUGCAAAAACUAACAUUGCAGCUAGAUUUAUCAUCCCCAAAAACAUAUAAAAACACUCCCAUAUUGCGUUGAUCUUAAAAUCUAUAAUCAAAGCGGGUAUAAAGUUUAAGCUGAGUAGGGGUAUAGUUUUUUUCAAAUUAACUCGAAAAAUAUAGGUCAUAUAGAAAAAUUUAUUAAGACAAAAGUUAUAGAAAAUAAAAUUUUCUACAAGUUUUACAUAUAUAAUUUUUGUCAAAAAUCAAAAAUGGCCAAGUUAUUCACUAAAACGUGUUUUACCUUUAAUCCAAGAUGGAGGCUUAAGCACAAGGUCGAUUUUCCCGAAAAACUGGUUUUAAGCUCCCAGUGAUCCCCUCUAUCAUCCUAUGAAAAAAAAAUGCACGAUCUAAUUUUUUCCAUUUGAAAUGUUUAAUUCUACUGGAAAAUAUUGGCGAAUCACCCAACAAGGAGAAUAUAUCAGGAAAUCAAUACUCUUUGGAUUCGUUAGAAACCUCGCAACAUGAUGACUAUAUUAAAAGUCAUAUAAACACUUCGCGUGGGGAUUAUAAUGAUCGAGUUGAAUUACUAUCAACUGUACCACCACCAAGUUAUAAAGUUUCUUUAGAAUCUCAAGCUAGAUUUUCGUCGAAAUUUAUAAAUUCCUCAAUGGAUAAUGUAUUUGUUAGAAUUUUUAAUAAAUCUGAUAUCGAAA